AUGAUAACUAGAUUCACAAACCGAUUCUAUCACUUUGUAAACAACAGUGGUCUACAUGGUGUUCAAUAUUUGGAUCGUCGAUAUGGACUGAUUGAUCGCACUUAUUGGGUUUGCGUUAUGAUUGGAUCUGUCAUUGCAAUGACUGUCGUAUUUGUGUACACAUUGAAUGACUACGCGGAUGAUCCGAUUGUUAUCAACGUAAAUCCAAUUAUCUCAAAAGAGAACAGUGUUUUCCCAGCUGUGUCUGUUUGUAUUCAGAGAUAUGACCAUGAACGUAGAAGAGUAAGUACCGAGAGGAUCGAACAAUUUGUGAGAAAAUAUUACGCAGAACACAACAUCAAAGAGCCACAAGACAAAGACUACUACAAUCAACUUAUACGCUACGCCUAUGCAGGUCAUUCAGGUCUUGGCAACGGAUAUUAUGCAUGCCAAGCAACCAACAGUACUUGUGGCAUGGAUAUCGAAGCUCUAAAGCAACUGUUAUUCCCGUAUUGCAAUGAACUGUUCUACAAUAUUCAAUUCAAUGGCAAACGUUAUCACGAUUGUGGCGAUCUAUUCAAGCGACAGAUAGUUCACAAUGCGG